AUGUCGGACGAUGAGCGUGAUAGUGAACAGUCUUCCCUGGACGAGGUGAGCAAGCGGUUUGUGCCCGUCCGCUGCAUGGAGGACUUUCAGACGUUGGUUAUGCCCGAAGAGGAGUCUCUCUGUGCUCUUGUCGUGACAUCAUUUUUGUGCCCCUUUAGCGACAAAAUUUUACCCAUUGUGAAGGAAAAAUUUGUCCUCUCCGAAGCUCCACAGACCCGCCGUGUGCGCUACUUUCAUGUGGCGUUAGUGCCUGAAGAAAAGACCGACAUAACCAGCCUGCUGCAAAAAGAUCCCGUGUUCCUCGCGACCAACCGACCACCCACGGAGCUGCAAAAGAGGCAACUUCAGAAACAGGCGUAUGAUAAUUUGCUGGAGCUGUUAACUUUUCUUGAAAUUUGCAGCACUCCAUGUAUGCUGUUUUUUGUGCAGGGAAAGUGUGUACGGACUUCAGACGACGUUUCAGACGCUCCGCGAGUUACUGCGACGGGAAGUUCCGUUAGAAAAUGGAAGGCAGUUCUUCAAAACGCGGUGGUGCGGAGAAACGCAUUGCUGCGGGAGUACGACGCCGAAAAGAAACGUGAAAAGAGGCGGCUCGAGAGGGAGCGACGCCGCGAGGCGCGGAGGCGUGCAAAGGCCGAAGAAGCAGAAGAAGAGGAAGAUGAGGAGGAUGAAGAUUGA